GCGCUCGAAUAGGAGUAUGAACCCGAGUUUCAGCCCCAAAUUCUACUUUCUUUCUCUGUGAUCGGUCGAACAAGCCCGGUUUCUUAAUCAAACCCUUUUAGGAACUAAAAUUAAAGCAAGUCAUUGUUUUACCUCACAAGUCUCAGAAUUGGCUGAUUCACGAACCUAACCCAAUAAGUGGUGCAAGUAAAACCCUAAUUUCAGCCCCAAAUUCUAAUCUUUCUCAGUGAUCGGUCGAACAAACCCGGUUUCUUAAUCAAACCAUUUUAGAAUUAAAAUUAAAGAACUCACCAUUGUUUUACCUCCCACGUCUCAGAAUUGGGUGAUUCACGAACCUAACCCAGUAAGUGGUGCAAGUAAAACCCUAGUUUUUUUUUUUCUGGUUUGCAACUUGAUUGACAUGGAUGCAAAAGACAUUCUUGGAUUACCCAAAACUCCGCUGCCGAUAACCCAAGAAAAGAAAUCACGACCCCAGAAGGACUCCCAGAGAAAACCCGAUGGCAUAUCUCGCGAGGUUUAUGCGCUUACGGGUGGUUUGGCACCUCUCAUGCCAUCAAUUGAUGUUUCUCAGUUGAAACGACGUCCAGCAUCAGACGAAAAGAUCACUUGGCAAUGGCUUCCUUUUACGAAUUCUGCUCGGAAAGAUAAUUUGCAGCUUUACCAUUGGGUGAGAGUUGUAAAUGGUGUUCCUCCAACUGGUGACUACUCCUUUGCCAAAUAUAACAAGUUGGUUGAUGUUAUCAAAUACACAGAUGAGGAGUACGAGAAGUAUUUAACUGAUCCUAUGUGGACAAAGGAAGAGACAGAUCAGUUAUUUGACUUGUGUGAAAGAUUUGAUCUCCGGUUCAUUGUGAUAGCUGAUAGGUUCCCAUCAUCUCGGACUGUUGAGGAAUUGAAGGAACGCUAUUAUAGUGUAUCAAGGGCAAUAUUGAUUGCAAGGGCUCCCUCUCCUGGGGAUGUUGCAAGUCACCCUCUUGUUAAGGAACCGUAUAACCUUUCACAAGAGAGAGAACGCAAGCGAGCAUUAUCCAUGGUACUCUCGCAGACAAAACAACAAGAGCGGAAAGAUGCUGAGGUUCUUGCUGAAGCAAAAAGAAUACAAGAGACACGCAUGGCUGCACGUGGUGCUGAAGAGCCUGAAUUGCCUGUCACAUCCAAUGCUGUUACUGAAAGUGCUGAUAAAGCUGUAGUUCCUGGAGAUACUGUAUCUCCUUCAUCCAAUGCCCAGCUUCCUGUGACAGCAGUUGCACCAUCAGCGUUAGCAGUGGCAGAUAAUGCUUCUACUCUUGCUUCUUUACGAAUGCUUUGGGUGUAUUUAAGAACUUAUGCACUUGAGCAAAUGGUGCAAGCUGCAAGCUCUUCUGUUGGCCUUCGAACUAUCAAGCGGGUUGAGCAGACUUUACAAGAUCUUGGGGUUAAUCUAAAACCAAAAGUUCCAACAAAAACUGUUUGUGCAGAGCAUCUUGAAUUAAGAAAGGAAAUACUUACUCUGUUGAAUCUUCAGAAGCAGUUGCAAUAUAAGGAGGCAGAAGGUUCAUCAUUCCGUGAAGGCUCCUUUGUUGAAAUGCCAGGCAGUCCUAAACGUUUGUUUCGUGGUGCGGACCAGGAUCGAACAUUUGUUCCAGAUUCCUUUGGUUUUGGAGGGGAAAGAGUUGGGAAACGAGACCAGAAGCGCAAGGGACCUGGAAGGCAAUUGGAGGGUCCAUCACCAGCCCAUAAAAGGCCUAGGAAGAUGAAAGCUCCUGAUCUCUAGUUCUACAAGGUGCAGAAGCUAAUUAACUUCCAGGUCGGGGUUUAAAAUAUUUUGCGGGAAGCCGAUACAGAAGCUCUCCAAAUUUUUUUGAGCCUUCGUACCUUGAAAUGUUUAAAGUCAUGUUUUACAUGAUGUAACGAGAGCCUGAACUUGCAAAAGGCCGAGGAUAGGAUGAAUCUGACAUGAAUACCACCUUGUUGGUGUUAUGUAAAUUCUUUGUUCACUUCUGAUAGUUAUUGGGGAUCAUAAUCCAGUUGGAAACCGAUGGUUCUGAAUUAAUACUACGCUACGUAAAUAAAUGAUGUAUGUAUAUAUAUAUAUAUAUGUAUAUAUAUACAGAUCUGUAUUUCCUGAAAAUUUUUCUUGGCAAUGUAUUAAACUUCAGCUCUUUGUUGUU